CUCUCACGAUAAAAAGAACCUUCAUGAAGUCGCGAAGUCCUUGGAGCUGACAUAUGCGCUUGCCCGCCGCUUUCAAUAUCUUCAAUGUCUCAGGCGAAUCCUUCAUUCCCCGGCCGAAACGUUUAUGCUUCGUCGAGUAAACUGCCCGAUCGCACAGGAUCUAAGCCUCCAGGACCCGCUGCUCCUCCACAGACAUACACUCAAUCAACCUUCGGGAGGCGCCCUGAACAGUCAUAUCCGUUCGGGCAGUCGACAGCGACUCACGCGCAGCAUGGCGGGCAAGGCGUACGACAGAGUAUGGAAAAAGAACCGAAUGCGCUGAGCGAACUCAGCGAGGAACAAAGGGAUGAGAUCAAUGAAGCAUUUUCUUUAUUCGACCUUGACCGCGAUCGACAUUUAGACUACCAAGAGAUGCGAAUAGCUCUGCGCUCGUUGGGGUUCACCAUCCCGAGACCCGAAGUUUCUCAAAUAAUGCACGCGCAUGGCGUUCCGAAGCCGCAAUUUAAGAGAGGGCCACCGGGGAAAGGACAAACAGCGUACCAUUCAAGUCAGCUACUACUUCCUCAGAACGCGUUCCAGCGCGUCGCUGCGCAAAAGGUGUUCGAACGAGAUCCCUCGGACGAGGUCGAACGCGCGCUGCUUCUGUUUGAUCCAGACCAAAGGGGCUACAUCGAAGUGGAAGACAUACGGAGGGUGGCUCGAGAGCUUGGAGAGACCGGACUCGAGGACGAAGAACUACACGCCAUGGUAGAGGAGUUUGACUACGACGGCACGGGCAGCGUUGCAAAGGAAGCGUUUUAUACCAUUUGUCUGCAGUGACGAUUGCGAUUGUUCGACUCCAGCGAUAACGAAGCGAUGAUUUACCACGAUCUGGACAACUGGCUCGGAUUUCUGGUCUACUCAUACCACUGGGAGCAUUUGGUACUCCCUAAUCUGUACGAAUCUAGCUGUGUUGGAUUCACAAAGGAUGAAAGACCAUCUUGCACUGUCUCACCAUGGUAGCUGAACAGGACCUUCCUUUGCAGUCUCUUCGCCCAUCACGACGUCCCAGUUCCCAAUGUCGCUGGUCCCCCUUGGUGCCCAGUAGGAGCCGGUUAUCUCUAGAGAGAAAUCUUUCUCGAUCCACUCGGCCAAAAUACGGGCAGCAUCUUUGGGGUCCAAGGCGCCACCGGCAUCCCAGAAUUUGUCGAAACCAACACCUUUGGUCAUUUCAGUCCUCAUGAAACUACGGAUGUCAGCUUGGUCAAGAAGCAAAUGUGACUCCUGAUCUUGUGGCAAGAUCUUACCUGGGAUGGACGGAUACUACAGCUAUGCCUCGAGUUUUCAGAUCGAAAGACAACUGCUUGGCGAUCAUAUUCAAAGCCGCUUUUGAGCCAUGGUGACCGAAAUUACCUCCGCCCUCUUGUUCGUGUCUCAGGGUGAUGGAGCCCGAUUCCGAAGAGACCAGAACCACUUUGCCUCCUUUUGUCAAUAUGGAGGAUUUUACCAGUUCUUGCACCACAAACACUGGCGCGACAGAAGAGAGGGUGUACAUCUUUACUUCCUUUUCCCAAUCUGCGUGGCCAAAGUCUUCUGUCGCAAAAUAUCCGGCAGUUAUUAUGCAAGUAUUGAUGAUCUUGCCUUUGAGUGAAGAAGCCAGAUCCAGGCCACAGCUGGGCUUCGACAGGUCGAUGUUUGGGAUCCAGGUGACAUUAUCACCGCCGAAGCCUGGAGGGGGAUUGGACGACCUAGAGGUGGCAUAUACAUUGUGGGAAAGGUUGUCGGCGUAAUAUAAUGCCAGCUCCUUUCCCAGGCCACGUGUUGCACCUACGAUCAAUGUCGACGACAUGGUGGAUGGAGGAGUGCAGAACGUACUUUUUCAGAGCCACUGGGAUGACAGACUCACCAGCUGAAAUGUCAAUUGCAAUGGAUGGCAGCAUUGUUGAACGUCCUUAUCUACGAGAAUUGAAUAAUUGCGUGCUCC